AUGCGUGCAGAUCUGGGAAAGCAAGCUUUUGGAUGAUGCCGUGAAUCUAAGCUAAUCUCAGUUAUUUCUCUCUGAUGUGACCAAAAACCCUAAUUAAUCAUUAAUUAAUACCCAAUUAACUACUAUUAUCUAUCUCCUACUAUACGAUAGCAUAUGAAUAUAAAUUCAAAGAAUAAGCAACGAAUAAUCAUAAUCUAUGAACAACAAUGAUGAAGGGGUUGGAGUCAGAACUCAAAGACCUAAAUUCAAAACCACCCAAACCAAACGGAACCACCACCACCGCCACCGUUCGUGACGAUCGUCCUCUUCUCAAAUCCGAUUCCCUCUCUUCCACCACUACCACAACCGCGGAGGAGCUACAAGACCUAGAGAAGAAAUUCGCCGCAUAUGUUCGCAACGAUGUGUACGGGACGAUGGGAAGAGGAGAGUUAGGAGCCAAGGAGAAGCUUUUCCUUGGUUUCGCGCUUGUGACUCUUCUUCCGAUUAGAGUGAUUCUUGCUGUAACGGUUUUGGUUGUUUAUUAUGUGGUUUGUAGGGUUUGUACACUGUUUAAAAUUCCUAAUCGUGAAGAUGAACAAGAGGAUUAUGCUCAUUUGGGUGGGUGGAGAAGAAGUGUUAUUGUUAAGUGUGGGAAAGCUCUUUCUAGAGUUAUGCUUUUCAUUUUUGGAUUUUAUUGGAUUCAUGUUUCUUCUAACUCUUUCAAUCAGGAAAACAAACCUCAGCCUGAAGAGACGGGAAGACCUGGUGUAAUAAUAUCUAAUCACGUGUCAUACUUGGAUAUUUUGUAUCACAUGUCUUCCUCGUUCCCAAGCUUUGUUGCUAAGAGGUCAGUGGCCAAGCUUCCUCUUGUUGGUCUCAUCAGCAAGUGCCUUGGUUGCAUCUAUGUUCAGCGGGAAUCAAAGGCAUCGGAUUUCAAGGGUGUUUCAGCUGUUGUCACUGAAAGAAUUCGAGAAGCACACCAGAAUGAAUCUGCUCCAUUAAUGAUGUUAUUUCCAGAAGGUACAACCACAAAUGGAGAUUUCCUCCUUCCAUUCAAGACUGGUGGUUUUUUGGCAAAGGCACCAGUACUUCCUGUAAUUUUAAAAUACCCUUACCAGAGAUUUAGCCCCGCUUGGGAUUCCAUAUCUGGGGUGCGCCAUGUGAUAUUUCUCCUCUGUCAGUUUGUAAAUUAUAUAGAAGUGAUACAAUUACCUAUAUACUAUCCCUCGCAGCAGGAAAUGGAUGAUCCCAAAUUGUAUGCCGAUAAUGUCAGAAGGUUGAUGGCUACUGAGGGUAAUUUGAUACUUUCUGAUAUCGGGCUUGCUGAAAAACGAAUCUAUCAUGCUGCUCUCAAUGGUAAUAAUAGCCUGCCUAGUGUUUUGCGUCCGAAAGACGAUUGAUAAUUUCAUGAUCCCGGCUUCAAUUGAUAUGUAGUUACACUCGAGUUUUGGUUUCAAACUUAGAAUUUUCUUUAAAUAUAUGAAUGGACAGCUCACGUGAGGGGUGUUAUAGCUAAUACAUUUUCCUCAACUUCAGAAUGAUGUAUAAUUUCCAUGUAAAUAAUGUAACCAAUAAUGUGUUUUAAUUGCUGGUGAAUGAGAUACACAAUUCAAGAGUCAAGUUUUAUUCACGUUUUGAUUGUGAUAAA